AUCAUCCAGUGUUAAACUGCACUCGAGUUUCAUAGGAUCCUUUCCAAUCUGAUCUAACUUUUUUUCGGCCUUCCCACCCAUGAGGUGGCUUUGUGCAAUGCCACUGGAGACAUUUGGGAAGGCCCCUAACUUGGGAAGGGCAUAAAUGCCCCUGCCACCACCACACACUGCUCAGAAGGAGCCACAAGGAGCCUACUUACCCCAGAGGACAGGGCGUCUGUGUGGGACAGCAGCACAGAGUGUAAGCACACACGCAGACGCUGCUGAAGUGGCUUUCCGACAUGAAGCUGGCAGCAGAUUUUCUCUGCUUGCUCUUGUGCUUCACUGCAGUGUGUUGUGACCGGGUCUACGUCCACCCUUUCUCUUUGAAUGCUUUCAAUGAGAGUGCCUGUGAGGAGCUGGAACGCUUGGCUCAGGAAGGAAAGAAAACAUUUGUGCCUGCCUCCAUUGAAUCCCAAACCACACCUGCCUAUGAAGAGGAUGUGAAGGAUGAAGUCAGGCUUGACUCCCCUAACCUGAGUGUCCGUGGAAGGCAAAAACUGAUCUACCUGAAAGACUUUGUGCACGUCCUUGGCAUGCGGUUUUACAGUUUGCAGAGGGAAGCACGGCAGGGCCAAAAUGUCCUCCUGUCCCCUACAAGUCUCUAUGGCUCCUUGGUGUCUUUCUACUUGGGUGCAUCCAACCAGACAGCUGCUGAUUUGCAGGGUUUGCUGGGAUUUGUUCCCCCAUCUGGAAACUUCAAUUGUAGCUCCAGGGUGGAUGGGCUCAAGCUCCUUGCAAGCCUGAGGACUAUCGAAAGCCUUGUCAAAACCCAGGAUGAGGGGCUGCUCUUUUCCAAGAUGCUCUGCCUCUUCUCUGCCCCUGGCAUACCCUUAUCCCAACAGUUUGUGCAUAACUUGCUCCCCUCUGCCGAUGCUUCUUACACGCGAGCUGUGGACUUUACAAACCCGAGUGAGGCAACAAAACAAAUAAAUGCCUUUAUGGAGGCCAAAAGCAAAGGCCAAAGCAAGCAGUUACUGACAGACCUCGACCCAGCUACUGACUUACUGUUUGCCGUGGAUGUUCGCUUGGCAGUGAAUGCUAAGAAAGCCUCUCGGCUGAAAGAGCCUCAGGAGUUCUGGGUUGAUUCAAACAGGGCGAUCUCAGUCCCCAUGCUGUCAGUAACUGGAACGUUCAAGUAUAUGACUGACACCAGGGAGACCUUUUCUGCAACCGAAGUCCCUGUUGGCAAGAACGUUCUGCUGGUGCUGCUGCAGCCCAUCAAUGGCAACGACCUGGACAAAGUAGAGGCUGAGCUUCCUUUGCAGCCAUCAACAUGGCUUGAAAAUCUGUCCCCAAGAAAAAUUAAAUUGACUUUGCCCGAGUUAAGAAUAGAAGACAGCUCUGAUCUACAAGAGUUUCUUGCAGAUAUGAAACUGGCUGCACUGCUGGGGAAGGAAGCAGAUCUCAGUAAAAUAAGUGACACUCACCUCACUGUUGGAAAGAUACUGAAUAAAGCCUUUUUCAAACUGAGCAGCGAUGGAACGCACCAACCAGAAGACGCCACAGCACAGGAAAAAGAUUUGGAGCCACAGGAAGUAAUGCUGAACAAACCGUUUCUUUUAGCUGUAUUUGAAGCAAAGUCGAGGGCAAUGAUUUUCCUUGGUAGAGUAACAAACCCACUGCAGGAGGCUUAAAUGUAAGCACUAAGGAAGAGGGGAGAAGAAAAAGGGUCCAUGUUUCCUGUUGCCUUUUCGUAUCCAUAAGCUGUUUUUAAGAUCUUGUGGAGUGCUCUGCCUUGCUUGGAGAUCAAGCGAGAAGGGCUUGAAAUACAGCUUUUUAAAAGCUAAAAAAAUACAACACACCAUCUUUAUCUGUUUCAUGUGAAGUGAUGAAGUCCUCCACCCAGCUCCCCUCUUUCCUUCUCCCCAUCUUGUCUUCCUUCUGCCCCACCAUUUUUCAAGGCAGUGGGGAUAAAACAGUAAUCAGCAAGUCAACUUAUAAAAUAACAUUGUAAGUGCCAUUUACUACAGAGAGGCAGAAAAAAAGGAUCUCAUCAUUCCUUGAGAAGUCACCUUUUAGUUUGAUCAGUUUUGCAAGAGCCACCUCUCCAGCUUUUUGAAUUACCCACAGAUUUCUAGCUUGAUCAGCAGUAUUUGCCUUCAAAUUGCUGCCAACAGCACGGGAAGGCUUUAAUUGUCCCACUGAGACAAGAUUUUGCCUUGGAAGCAAAAACCCAUUUAUAGGAAGUUUCUUCUUUCUGCAGUCCAGAUGGACACGUUUACUUCUUAACUCCAUGGAAAAACUAAAAAUAGGGCUGGAAGCGUUAAUGAACUGCUGCAGGUGAAUUCUCAGAGCCUGACAGCAGCAUCUCUGAUUAUUUAGAGGAAAAGAAAAAUGAGACCUACUUACUGUUCCAAUACAAUUGCAUUACUUACUUAGAAUAUUUACUGCUCUGAGAAGCAUCUAUUACAGUCUUAUUGUGAAAAAAGGAACAUUACUUGUUAGAGCUCAGAUCUGUAAGCCUUAACACACCCAAACCAUAUUUUCUUUAAAAGACAACAUCUAUAGUAAUGCUGCUACACGUGAAUAAAGUGGUUUUAACAGUUCAGUCCAAAUUUUAGUAGUCACAGAAGUUGGAAACAUUAAACUGGAACAACAGAUUAUUAAGACUUGAAUAGUGAAUGGGGGAGAGAGAAACUGGGAGCCAAAUCUUGGUACUGCAAAAGCCUGCAAGAGCUUUUCCCUUUGAUUUCAUUGGCACAGAGACUUCCACCUAACAUUUCUAGAUUUGCCUUUGGAGCUGAUGGCAUUCAGACAGCAACUGCAAGCCUCUUUGCAGUACAAUACCAGAUGUAUUCUGCAGAGAGCAGCAUCUUACUGUCAUCCACAGUGGUACUAACUUCUGUCUUAUCCAAAACCACUCAUGUCAACAGAUAGAUAGCUAUUGGUGCUAAAGAUAUACGAUGGAUCCUUCCAUCUUAAUAAAAAAGAUACACUAAUAACACAAGUCACUUUUGUGGAUACUAGUAUUUCAAAUGCUGUAAUAUCCAUGCAUUUAUCUGGUUAUAUUGUAUGUAUUCUAGAUGCUUUAACACAUAAGUAUUGUGCUUGCAUUAUGCAGAGCAGCAAUUAACUAUAAGUUUGCAGAACAAGAAAGCUGCAAAUAAAACCACCUUCUAAUUGUUUUGCCACA